UUUCGCUCCUUGACUUGAACAACUCCAUCUUUUCCACUGCCGCUUUGAAUGAGAAUCAUGAGGCCCAUUUGAGGAGAUUAUCGCAAUUCACAUAUGGAUUUCAUCGUUGCCCAAGCUCUCAAUUUCAAGAUUUUUUGGAAGCUCAAAGAAUUCCUUCCUCACUGACAAAUUGUCUCUCUGAACCCAACAAAUUGGAAGCUCGAAUAAUCCCCUCCUCAAUCUCAUAAAACUAAACAAGUACUAUGGAGCUCUUCACUGCAGCAGAAGACCUCAAAUUCUUCAGUGCAGAUCAAAUCAUCAUGGAAGCAGUGAAAAUCCCUGCCAGAUCAUCUCCAGUAAAAUUCUUUUUGAUUACCUUAACCCUCAUUCUCCCACUUUCGUUGAUGCAGAUAUUACUUGAAACACAUAGUUCUAUCCUCUACUCUAUUUUUAUCGAUUACUUUUCCAGUGAUCAUCGUUCAUCUCCUUCGUCUACACAGUUCAUCUGCACUUACUCCAUCCAUGAAUUCUUCUACGUACAUUCUUUCCCUCUUCCUAUUCUCUCUUCUCUCUACCUCCGCUAUUGUCUUCACGUUAUCUUCUCUCUAUGCAUCCAUAUCUGUCUCCUUUAUCCCCACUCUCUUUGCAAUUCCUCGCAUAUUCAAACAUCUUAUGAUAACCUUCUUUUACGUCUUACUUCUCGUGAUUGUCAACUACUUGGCCUACUACGUACCUUGUUUUGUCUUGGCUGCGAUAAAUAUCAAUGAAGCUCUCUUGUGGGGUUUUUCUAUCAUAUUUGCUAUCAUAUACGAUCUUGUUCAUUUCUAUGUUACAGCUCAAUGGCAUUUAGCCAGUGUGAUUUCUGUUCUUGAACCAAAUUGUUAUGGCUUGGCAGCCAUGAAGAAGAGUACACAACUCUUACGAGGGAGAACUCGUAUUGCUUUCAGACUUGCAAGUUUAUACUUGGGGGCUCUAUGGACAAUAGAAAUUGUGUUCGAGUUUGCAUUUGAGUCUCAAGUACAUUUCAUGGUUAAGCUUUUGUUGGGAUUGCUGUGUUUGUUGAUGCUGGUGGCAGUUAAUCUCACAGGGCUAUUAGUUCAGAGCGUCUUCUACUAUGCCUGUAAAAGUCACCACAAUCAAGUGGUUGAUAAGAAGGUUUUGUAUGAUCAUCUUGGUAGUUACGAUCUCGUUGAUAAAUCAGUAGCAUUAAAUCCUAGUACUGGCGGUGCGGAGAUGCAGAGCUUGAUCAAAGAUGAUCACGACAGAGUGGGUUAUCAGCCUGUUGCUUUGGAUGCUACUACUACUGACAGUACAAUUAAGAUGCAGAGAUCGGUCAAUGAUGAUGUCAUGGUUGGAGAGCUGAUCAAUGUUUAAAUUGAAGGACCUAGCUAAAACCAAUCAUAAAUUCGUAAUAUAGCAUCGUUUCUAAUUUCCAGUAAUGUAGGUGCACAGUAGCAGGCUUAGAUAGAUAUUUGAGGAGACAUCUGUUUACCAAAAAAAUUAUGUAUUACCAGUAAGGGGAACAUUUGCUAAUUACCAACGAUAUUCCAUUUAAUUAUGUAAUGGAGUUGAGCUGACUUUGCUGGAUGUAAUACCCCCAUGGCAUCAAUAUUAGUUCAGUAUUGGAAAACUGGUGGCGGAAGGGCUCGUUCUGAAACUCAAGAACUUCGCAGGAGUGUAUGGGAGAGGAAGAAGCGGGGUAUUUAUCUCGGUCAUUGAAUUAAAGCUGUCGAGUCUAAUGCGCGUCCUGAGUAAGUCAUGUUGUGAAGUUUGAAAGUCAGUUUGUCUAGUUGUUUGCAAGUCUCUACUUAGUUUUUUUUCUAACCUAAAUCUUUCAAGUUUUUUUAGUUUUUGAAAUUAUAGAUUGGUUGUCGAAUGAUGCAUG